GCAGCUUUGCGGUCUCAGCCAGGGGGCAUCUGACUUCGUCAACAGCUUGCUGCAUGGUGAAAGCUAUGCACAUCUACGCGACGCAUUGCUUUCGGAACUCUUGUCUUCAAACGAGUGUGAGCAGAGCUUCGUUGACUUCAAAGCAGCAGGUUUGGCGAUGGUGUAUAACGCAGGUCUGGAUGGCACCCAUUCGCACGGAGACCUGUGCGAAGCAUUGCAGUUUCUGUACAAAGGCAUGCCCCUGUAUGAUAGGUUUAUGA